AGCCGCACCGGCCCAGGUGAGGAGGCGGCCAGUCGUCAAGGAGCUUCAGAAGGCUACGGAGCACGGAGCGCAGCGCAGCGCCGUCCUGCAAGGUCACGACCAAGGACCAUAGUGACUCGAGUCACAGCCGCGAGUGGUGCAGUGCAGUGCACAGUGCAGUGUGACUAGUGUGCGUCAUGGACGCUUAGUGAGGUGCUCGACAAGUGUUUGAGACUCGUGUCAUCGCCGACCCUACACCCUCUGCGCCGCCAUGGAGACGUGCGUGCUCAUCCCCCAGGAGUUCUCCCUGGUGAUGUCCUCGCCGCCGGGCUCGCCCGACCGCCUCGACAUGGGCCUGGAUGGCGUCUACCUCAAGAACCACAACAACAACGACGUCCUGGGGAACCGGGAUCCCGUGUCCGUGUGGACCAACGCGCGCAUCCCCCAGGGCACCGUCGUCUACCCCUUCCAGGGCACCGUCAGACUCGACACCCUGGACGUCCACUCCCAGCUCCACGACGCCGACGUCCGGCACAGGUUCGGCUGCUACGACGAGAUCACCGAGACCAACAGAAGAAAAGUGAGGCACUGCAACUGGGUGCGCUUCCUGCGGACCGUGUCGGCGUACACCCCGGAGGUGAACCUCAUCGGCACCAAGGUGAAGGGCGAGCCGGUGUACGAGGUGGUGAGGCCCGUGGCCGCGCACACCGAGCUCGUCGCCUUCCUGCUGCCCGAGACGUCCGAGGACCUGCUCCUCAUGCCGGCCGUCCACUUCCUCAGAAACACCCUGUACCGGCGGACCAUGGACGCCAUCCUGGAAGAGUCCCCGCUCGACCUAUCCAUGUCGCUGCUGGCGCGCGGACACCACGGCGCCGUGCAGCCCGCGGGAUCACCUUCGAGCAGCGCGUCCAGCGCCAUGGAGCACGCCGACGAGCACAAGUCCGUGUCGGGCGAGUCCCUCUCCUCGUGCCUGUCCACGUCGUCGGUGGCGUCCUCGGCGUCCUCGGAGGACCUCCUGCACCUCCCCGACAGCCUGGCGCAGGACGCCGCCACCCUCCUCCUGCCCGCGGCCGCGCGGCCGCCCCGCGUACCCGCACCCUCCUCGUCGCCGUCGUCCUCGCCGCCGGGCCUUAGCAUGGGCCGCAGCAGAGGCAACGGCACGCGGGUGGGCCGCGGCGAGCGCACCCUGCUGCCCUGCGAGGUGUGCGGCAAGAGCUUCGACCGGCCGUCCCUGCUCAAGAGGCACAUGCGGACCCACACAGGCGAAAAGCCGCACGUGUGCUCCGUGUGCUCCAAGGGGUUCUCGACGUCGUCCUCGCUCAACACCCACCGCCGCAUCCACUCGGGCGAGAAGCCCCACCAGUGCCCCGUCUGCGGGAAGAGGUUCACCGCCUCCUCCAACCUGUACUACCACCGCAUGACCCACGUCAAGGAAAAGCCCCACAAGUGCAGCCUUUGCUCCAAGUCGUUCCCCACCCCCGGCGACCUCAAGUCGCACCAGUUCGUCCACUCGGGCUCCUGGCCCUUCAAGUGCCACAUCUGCGCGCGCGGCUUCUCCAAGCUGACCAACCUCAAGAACCACCUGUUCCUCCACACAGGUGACAAGCCCCACGCAUGCGAGAUCUGCCACAAGAAGUUUGCGCUCGCCUGCAACCUCCGGGCGCACAUGAAGACUCACGAAGGUGAGCCCCACGACGAGUGCACCCAGUGCGGGAAGCCGCUGCCGGCCGGGAGGGCGGGCCUCGGCGCCGCCCGCUGCGCCUCCUGCGAGGGCCCCACCAAGGACGCGCUCAACUCGGGCGGCGACUCGGGCAGCGAGGAGUCCUGCAGCGCGAGCGUCGAGUACCGCGACUAGAACGACUGAUCUACACUUACUUUCAGCCCUUUCUGUGAUUCUUUGUAUUAAUUUAUGUGUGUUGUGAAUGUGUGAGUGAGUGUCGUGCGUGAAUGUGUCUUUUGUGUGUGAGGAUGAGGAGGAGAGGAGGAUGUUAUACCGGCAGCAGCGCUGGAAUGCCAAUAUGAUCUCGCGCCGUGUGGAGGUCCUGGAGGUCCGUCUCCUGGAGUAUCCAGGGCGUGUGUCCUGGACCCCGGCGAGGCGUGGCCCGCGGACCUGGAUGACUUUGCUCAAGAAGCGCAGCGCCUUCGAUGUACAAAAACAACUGACAUAGGGGAGCCUAUGCCGCAAUGUGUUCACGGGCAGCCCUCCCCGUUGCACUGAUGUACAGUACAGUUAGGUCUCUUUUGUACAGAUCAGCACCCACGUCACCGUUUCUGUUGUAUCCGCACAAAUAUGUUCUUCCACCUCUAUUUAUUUCCAAUCAGAGUUUAAUGUUAACAGGGUCUGUACUUAAGAUUUAGUUUUCUCCCACACGGACGUGUGUGUCGCUGUUGUAUAGUCUGUUUGGUGAAGUGUUGGACCUUUAUCUGAGAGUGCAAGAAAACUUAAGCAGAGCCCCGUCUUCAAUUUUGCAGACGCCCAAAUUAUCCUCAAUCUCAUCCACCUUUUGUUUUAUUUGUUUCGGCUGAGCGCAAAAUUGAUGACGGGCUUCGCCUUUGUUGAAACAAGGCAGGUUUUAGUGACAAAUUGCUGUUCAAAAUUUUCGAGCGUUUCCAGGCAGUUGGCCGUGUGUGAGCGCGCCGCUCACAACAGGUAGCGAGCCUGCCGUGCGCGGGAUAAAUCAAAAUACCAACAUAACAAAUUAAGUAGAAAAACAUGUAAAAUGACCGGAACCCCAGUCCGGGUUGGCUACAGCCCGUAACAAGUGAAAUAUGAUCUCAGGAAACUAAUGUACCGACUCGUCAGUCCGAAAAUGAGUCCAAGUUCAGCCUUUCCCCCCGAUGUUGUUCAGGGCAUGUAAAGUCUUGGCAAGCACGCGCAACGCGAGGACGGCAGCAGUUUGUCAUGGGAUGCGUCUCUCUACUUCUAGUAUCUCAACAACUGUAACCCUCUAGUCACAGUCUAAGUAAAUAUAUUAAAUCUUCUACAGAUAUAUAUUUUUUGAUGUACAUACAUACGUGAAAUGUAAAAUAAACUGUUAUUGUAAUCUGAGAGAA